AUGAUAGAAAUCUCAGACAAAAGCUCAAAACCUGGGACAGAAUCAUGGUCCAAAGCUUGUACAAAGGUAAUUGGUGCUCUAGAAGAAUAUGGUUGUUUUGUGGCAUUGUAUGACAAAAUCACCCAUGAAAUCCAUAACGGAGUUUUCAACGCCAUGAAAGAACUGUUUGAUCUUCCAACUCGAACCAAAGUACAAAACAAAUCCUCGAAGCCCUUAUAUGGCUAUGUUGGCCAAAUCCCUCUAAUUCCUCUCUACGAAAGCAUGGGCAUUGACAAUGCCAAUACUCUUCAAGGCAUUCACAAUUUCACCAAAGUCAUGUGGCCUAAUGAUGCAAAUCAUGGGUUCAGUGAAAAGCUUUUUUCGUACACAAAAUUGGCAGCAGAGCUAGAAAAAACAGUGGUCCAAAUGGUAUUUGAGGGCUAUGGAGUUGGAAAGUACUAUGAAUCCCACAUCGGCUCAGCCAACUACCUCUGCAGGGUCAUGAAAUACAGAGAACCCAAAGCUAAUGAGAACAAAAUGGGAUUUGUGUCCCAUACAGACAAGAGCUUUAUGUCCACAAUCCAUCAAAAUCGAGUCGACGGUUUGGAGAUCAAAGCCAAAGACGGCGAGUGGUUUGCUGUUCGCGAGCUUUCUCAUUCAUCCGUUGUCGUUAUGGCUGGUGACGCAAUUAUGGCAUGGAGCAAUAAUAGGAUAAAGUCACCUCACCAUAGAGUGACUAUGGAAGGAAACGAGGCCAGAUACUCCAUUGCACAGUUCUCGUUCAUGGAUAAUCUAACGGUCCAAACGCCGCCAGAGCUGGUUGAUGAGGAGCACCCGCUGCAAUAUAAGCCGUUUGAUCAUCUCGAAUUUCUUGAGUUUUACAGCAGGGAAGAGAACAGGAAGCUUGAGAGUGCUAUUAAAACUUAUUGUGGUGUAUGA